AUGCGACAGAAGAAGCGGUCGAGGUCCUCUAAGCCGCAGCCUCUGUCAGCCCCUCCCACCGCAAGCUCAUCGACCAACUGGGAGAAGGCUCAAAACGACAGUCGCGCAGUGCUACGUAAAAAAAAGCAGCAGCUGAAAUGUGGGGACGGAGCGACGCUCACGAGCUCGAAGAAAAUUCGAAGCACGCGCAAUGACGCGCGGAUCAAAGCGCGACUCCAGCGCCACUUGAGUGACCUUCGCACCACUCGUAGCCACGAGACGCUUUGUUCCAGUACGGAGGACUCGAUGGAUACAGAGCUUAAGCGGUUUGCGGAACGAGUGGCGCUAUCUCCGCAUGAAAAGGAGCUGCGCGCCAACGUGUUUGAAGACGUGCGCGACCUCAUUUUGACGACGUACAAGGACGCGACAGUGCAUCUCUACGGGUCCUCGAGCACGGGACUCGACACGUUCCGUAGUGAUCUGGAUAUCACAGUGGGCAACAUCACGCCGUCUCCGUCGCAGGCUCUGCCCUCGGUGGUUCUGGUUGAUGAAAUUGGCGACGUGCAGGAGGAUGGCAAGGAGGUUGACGAAGACACAAACGUGAGUGAUUUGGUACGGGUCAGAGAAGAGGAGGCCUCGUUUUCGCUGAACUUGGCGCUGCCGAUUGGCACUACCUCGGUCGACAGCGCAGGUAUCGCUCGUCGUGUGCAGCCCACUGCGGCUUCACACUGGAACCGAACGCUUCGCCGACGCAAGAUCCGUGUCCUGCGAGCACUGCACUUAUUACUGAACUCGCAGAGACCUCACUUUCGAGUCAAGUGUCUGUACAGCGCCAAGAUUCCCAUCCUUAUGGUGCUGGACACGAAAUCCAAGUUGGCGAUCGACAUCGGCGUCAACAAUGAAUUGUUUGGAGUCAGCGAGCACGGACGCUCGACAUUUCUAGCACAGAGACUGCGGACAACGCUGGGUGCACCGUUUACCAUCAUGGUCAUGUUCCUGAAGGAGUUUUUGCACCAGUUUGAGCUUGACAAGCCAUUUACAGGCGGGAUCGGCAGCUUUCGGCUGUACGUCAUGGUAGCAUAUAUCUUUCAGCGGUGUAGUCCAGCGCACAGAAACGCUUUGCGGCCACCGGUGUCGUCUCUGUUGCUGGCGUUUUUUGAGCUAUAUGGCAACAAGAAGCUGCCGAUGUUCCUACGCAAAACUACGCAGUUGCCGCUCGAAGAUGGCGGGCAUAUGAAUUUCGGUGGUGUUUUUCGCAUCGAUGACUGUGUCGAGACGUUUGCCAUGGCAUUCGACAUUUUGAGCUCUACGAAAUCCCUGGGGUCCAUCAUAUAUGAAGAGCGUAUUGAGAAGGAUCGCAAAACGUGCCCGAACACGACGGACCAAUGCUCAGUGGCUGGCGUGUAG